AUGGAGAGGGAGCUCAUGCUGGAGGAUGAGCUUGGGCUGGAUGCGAACGUUCAAUGGGAGGAGGAACUCGGGGUGGAGGACGAGCUUGAUGCCCAGGAGGUCUUGGAGGCCGAGGCGGUCGGCGGCGGCGGCGGGACGCCGCCGCAGCAGCAGCCCCGCGCGGCGGGGGAGGGGGCGGAGAUCCCGCCGGCCUCGAGGAAGCUGGUGCAGGGCCUCAAGGGGAUCCUCGCCGACCGCACCGAGGCCGAGAUCUACGCCACGCUACUCGACUGCGCCAUGGACCCAGACGUCGCCGUCGAGCGACUCAUCUCGCAAGAUCCUUUCCUUGAGGUGAGGAGAAAGCGCAAUAACAAAAAGGAGGUAAAACCUUCUCAGGAAACAAGGCCUCGCCCAUUUUAUAAAUCUGCAUACCGAGGACCUAAGGCUGGUUCUGAUCGAAGUGGGCGUUUUUACUCUGUUUCAGGAGCAGACUCUACUGCUAGUGCUAAAGGUCCUAUCAAGAAAGAAACUGUUCCGCCAAACACGUCAACCGCUGAUUCUGUCAAGGGGGGCAAUUCUGUGGAAACAAUUUCGGCAUCUGGAAAUUUAGCUGAUGCUAAGUCUACCAGUUUCCAGCCUCCACAAGUGCAGCAUGGUUGGGGUGGGGUGCCAGGACGCCCUUCUUUGGCUGAUAUAGUGAAGAAGGGCAUACCUCAAGCUAAAUCUGGAGGCAGAACUGCUGCAAAUAAGGCUGGCAUGCCAGCUGUUGGUGGCUCAGUGGUUGCCAAUGCAUCAAAUUCUAACACAGUUUUGCCAUCACAAGGGGACAGUGUCAGAGCUGAUAAAUUACCAAAUGGCACUAUUCAGGUCCACCCUGUACAUCCAGGACAGGGGUCAGAUGUGCCAGAAGCUAUUGCUGCUGCUUCCACAAAUGUGAUCACACCAAGAUCAUUUACUCCUGAGGUCAACGAAGAUGUCACCGGCAAUUUAGAGCAAACUAAGGAGAUGAGUGCAAACAAUACCGGUGGUCUAACAUCUUCAGUACCGUUUUCUCUGUCUGAUAAAGACUUAUCCUUUAAUAGUGACUUGAUAGAGACAACAGAUGGUUAUCUGCCUGACAAACAUUCAUUUGAGCACAGCCAAAAUGUAGAUUCAAACGGUGACAUGUCUACUACGGCGUAUCAGUUGGAACACUUGACUAUACAUGAGGAAAGUAGACCAAAAGCAUCUGAAGAUAACCCAGCUGUAAUAAUCCCUGGUCACCUUCAGGUUUCCAAUGCUGAUUUUGCGCACUUGACAUUUGGUAGUUUUGUGUCUGGGACGCUUGAUGCAUCAUGCCCCAUUAUAUCUGCCAGUAAUGAUAUGGAGGUUACAUCACCUUCUGAUAGCCACUCAGGCGACCAGUCUGAAGUCAGAAUCCGUGAGUUCGAAAACAAGGAGACAUCUACAGGCAACGAGUACAUUGUUUCUGCACCAAACAGUAACACAGAGAAUCCUAACAUUACACCAGUACAACAACAGUCUGAAGUUGGAAGAGCUGAUUUACUGGAUGUUACAAACAACGCUGAAUACAACUUAUCCUCAUCUGAUUAUGCCACAUCAAAUGCAGUGCAGCCAGAUUCUAGCACGCAGACAUAUCUACAGGAAAAUCGUCAGAUGCAAAACAUUUCUCCUCUCUCUAACUUCAUGCAUGGAAGUAUGCCAAAUGGCUUACUGCCACCAGCAAUGCCACCUUUCCGUGAGUUAGAUCCAGCAUUCUCGAUGCUGCUUACUAACCCUCCAUUGGCUACGAUGAUUCAUGGUGCAACACCAUCGGCUGUGAGCAAUUCAACUGUUUCUUCGCAGCCACAAGAGAAUGCUAAUCCAGGUGGUUUAUCCAACCCACAGUUGGCCCACUCUCAGGGAAGCACCAGCGUUGCUCCAGGCCCUCCUCUCCCUCACCAUCUUCAUCCUUACGCUCAAGGAGCUCUUCCUCUUGGAUAUGCAAGCAUGUUUGGGUACCCAUCUUUGCCACAAAGCUAUGCAUAUCUCCCUCCAGCUGCCUUUCAGCAGCCAUACAUGAGCAAUGGUCUAUUCCACCAAGGAGCAGCUGCAGCUCCAAAUUCUGGUAUAAAAUACUCUGUGCCACAGUACAAGACCAAUGUUCCUCUUGCGAGUUUGCCACAGCCAGCCUCAUUGCUCUCCAACUACAUGGGAGGUUAUGGAACCGCAAAUGGCUUGCCAGGAAAUUUCGCUCUGAACCAAAGCACUCCGUCAGCAACCACGUCUCUUGGGUUCGAUGGAUCAAUGCCCUCCCAGUACAAAGAGGGCAACCACUACGUUUCUCUUCAGCAGCAGCAGCAGAGCGAGAACCCUGCAAUGUGGAUGCAUGGAGCUGGUUCGCGAGGAAUGCCACCUCUUGCUGCCAAUACCAUGUAUGGCUAUCAAGGGCAGCAGGGCCACCAGGGCAGCUUUCGGCAGGGUCAGCUGCCCUCACAGUAUGGUGCAGCGCUUGGGCAGUCACAGCAAGGCUUGGGACCUGAACACCGAAAUCCGAGCGAUAGUAAUUUGAGUGCUGCUGCUCAGGCUAAUCAAAUGUGGCCGAGUAACUAUUGAGAAUAGAUAGAGUUAGCUACCGUGAAAUUUUGAGAGGCCCGUGAGAUGUGUUUGAGCAUAUGUUCAAUUAGUAGUAUAUCUAGGGACCUCAACAUCUGUAGCUCAACUUAUUUAUUUUCAGAUAGAAAAGAACGGUUCAUUCUCUGUUUA